UGCCAGAUGUUGGGGCGGCGGCGGCGGGAGCUACGGAGAGCGAGGAGCUGCGGCUCGAGGCGGAGGGCGAGGGCCCCGCUGGCCCGCCCGCCAGGCCCUCUCUGCGCCGCUCGUGCAGCGGUUCGAGGAGAAGGGGGCAGGCCUGACAGAGGCUCCGGCACGGGUAUGCACAGCGCUCGACUUGACAGCUUCCUGGGCCAGCUCCGCUGGGAACUGCUGUGUGGCCGGGACACAGGCUCACCCCAGAUGCCUGGCUCCCUGAAGCCAUCCCCCAAACCUGGCCAAGGUGUGCAGCCCAGCCACCGGCUCAGGGCCUCAGAUGCCUCAGAAGAGGAUUCGGCCUGCUGUGUGGAAGAGGAGGAUGAGGAAGAAGUCAUGAUGACAGGGGACAGGGGUGCAGCCUUGAGGGGCCCCAGGGAGCACACCCUGGACUGGGACUCUGGCUUCUCAGAGGUGUCAGGGAGCACAUGGCAAGAGGAAGAGCUGCCCGUAUUACAGCGCCCAACACCCCCAGCACGGCCCCCGGACAGCCAGCGCCUCUCAGCCAAUGGCCUCCCCCUGCCUAGCAGGGCCUCUUUGGCCAGUGCACCACCUGCCCACAGACCACGGCCCAAGUCCACCCCUGAUGCCUGCCUGGAACAUUGGCAGGGACUGGACGCGGAGGACUGGACAGCAGCCCUGCUGAGCAGGGGUCGCAGUCGCCAGCCACUGGUGCUGGGGGACAACUGCUUCGCUGACCUGGUGCACAACUGGAUGGAACUGCCCGAGACAGCGAGUGAGGGGGGCAGUGGGGGCGGGGGUGGGCCCCGUGCCCGCACUCGGCCCCCGCAAUUCUUGCUUGGCCUCUCCGAGCAGCUGCGGCGCCGGCUGGCUGGGGCGCGGAGGGCAGCUAUGGCGGGAAAGCGGCUGUCGUGCCCACCUCGCCCGGAGCCUGAGCUGCCUGCUGACGUCUCACGCUUUGCUGCCCUCAUGAGCUGCCGCAGCCGUCAGCCCAUCAUCUGCAAUGAUGUCAUCAGCUACCUCUGACCCUGCCCCCAACCUGGGGACAAUAAAAGCCUUUCUCUGGA